ACCCGGACGCGCCCUGCCCCAGCCCGGCUGGCGGCGGGGACGCGCGGCACCGCCACUUGGCCCUGGACGGGCGGCCCCCGCGCGUAGCCUGGGCCGAACGCCUGGUCCGCGGGCUUCGAGGCCUCUGGGGCACGAGGCUCAUGGAGGAAAGCAGCACCAACCGAGAGAAGUACCUUAGAAGCCUUCUGCGGGAACUGCUCACCUACCUCCUUUUCCUCACAGUCUUGUGCAUCUUGACCUAUGGCAUGAUGAGCUCCCAUGUGUACUACUACACUCAGAUGAUGUCCCGGCUCUUCCUAGACACCCCCGUGUCCAAAACGGAGGACACUAACUUCAAAACUCUGUCUUCAACAGAGGACUUCUGGAAGUUCACAGAAGGCCCCUUACUGGACGGGCUGUACUGGAAGGCGCAGCCCAGCACCCACUCUGAAGUGGACAACCGCAGUUUCAUUUUCUAUGAAAAUCUGCUGCUAGGGGUCCCGCGCAUCAGGCAGCUCAAAGUCAGAAACGGAUCCUGUUCCAUCCCCCUGGACCUUAGAGAUGAAAUUAAAGAGUGCUAUGAUGUCUACUCGAUCAGCAGUGAGGACAGGGCCCCGUUUGGACCCCGAAAUGGAACUGCUUGGAUCUACACAAGCGAAAAGGACUUAAACGGGAGCACCCACUGGGGGCUGAUCGCAGCUUACAGUGGAGCUGGCUAUUACCUGGAUCUUUCAAGAACCAGAGAGGAAACAGCUGCCCAGCUCGCCACCCUCAGGAAAAAUGUCUGGCUGGACCGCGGAACCAGGGCAGCUUUCAUUGACUUCUCAGUGUACAACGCCAAUGUUAACCUGUUCUGCGUGGUCAGGUUGUUGGCUGAACUCCCAGCCACAGGAGGCAUGGUUACCUCUUGGCAGUUCCAGCCUGUGAAGCUGAUCCGCUACGUCACACCUUUUGACUUCUUCUUGGUGGCCUGUGAGAUUCUCUUUUGCUUCUUUAUCCUCUACUAUGCUGUGGAAGAGAUCCUGGAAAUUCGCAUUCACAAACUACACUACUUCAGAAGUUUCUGGAAUUGUCUGGAUGUGGUGAUCGUUUUGCUCUCGGGGAUAGCAAUAGGAAUUAACAUCUACCAAACCUCAAGUGUAGAGGGGCUCCUGCACUUCCUAGAAGAUCAGAACACUUUCCCGAACUUUGAGCAUCUGGCAUCCUGGCAAAUACAGUUCAACAGUAUAGCUGCUGUCACAGUGUUUUUUGUCUGGAUUAAGCUUUUCAAAUUCAUCAGCUUUAACAGGACCAUGAGCCAGCUAUCCACAACCAUGUCUCGAUGCGCCAAGGACCUCUUUGGCUUCGCCCUCAUGUUCUUCAUUAUUUUCUUGGCAUAUGCCCAGUUGGCAUACCUUGUCUUUGGCACUCAGGUUGAUGACUUCAGUACUUUCCAAGAAUGUAUCUUCACUCAAUUCCGUAUCAUUUUGGGCGAUGUCAACUUUGCAGAGAUUGAGGAAGCUAAUCGAGUUUUGGGACCACUUUAUUUCACUACCUUUGUGUUCUUUAUGUUCUUCAUUCUUUUGAAUAUGUUUUUGGCCAUCAUCAAUGAUACUUACUCAGAAGUAAAAUCAGAUUUGGCCCAGCAGAAAGCCGAAAUGGAACUCUCAGAUCUUAUCAGAAAGGGCUACCAUAAAGCUUUGGUCAAACUAAAGCUGAAGAAAAGUACCGUGGAUGACAUUUCCGAGAGUCUGCGGCAAGGGGGCGGCAAGUUAAACUUCGAUGAACUUAGGCAAGAUCUCAAAGGGAAAGGCCACACUGAUGCGGAGAUUGAAGCAAUAUUCACCAAGUAUGAUCAAGAUGGAGACCAGGAACUCACCGAACAUGAGCACCAGCAGAUGAGAGAUGACCUGGAAAAAGAGAGGGAAGACCUGGACCUGGACCACAGCUCUUUACCACGCCCCAUGAGCAGCCGAAGCUUCCCAAGGAGCCUUGAUGAUUCUGAAGAGGAUGAUGAUGAGGACAGUGGACACAGCUCCAGGAGGAGGGGCAGCAUCUCCAGUGGGGUUUCUUAUGAGGAGUUUCAAGUCCUGGUGAGACGAGUAGACCGCAUGGAGCACUCCAUUGGCAGCAUCGUGUCCAAGAUUGAUGCCGUGAUCGUAAAGCUAGAGAUCAUGGAACGGGCCAAACUGAAGAGGCGAGAGGUGCUGGGGAGGCUGCUGGAGGGCGUGGCUGAGGAUGAAAGACUAGGUCGCGACAGUGAAAUCCACAGGGAACAGAUGGAACAGUUGGUGCGAGAAGAGCUGGAGCGCUGGGAAUCUGAUGACGCUGCUUCCCACCUCAGUCAUGGUCUGGGCACAGCGGCAGGACUCAACAGUCAGCCUCGUCCUCGAAGCGCUCGCCCUUCCUCCUCUCAGUCUGCAGACGGCCUGGAAGGUGGAGGUGGAAACAGCAGUUCCAACAUCCAUGUAUAACAUCUAUGUCACCAUGUGUCACCCAGCAGGUGACAAGGUGGCUAUCACCAAUUGCCAGAGAGUUAACUAUGUAGAUGCUGUAACUGCCAUAUGAUGCUGGUCUUUGUGACCAAUUAUUAAUCUUUUGCACUUUAAUUUAUUGUAUAUAAACUUUACCCAUGGACCAAAGACUUUUUUCCAUUUUCUCACAGAAGGAACCAAGAUGUAAAUAAUGAGUCGAGAGGAAAAAAAGACAACUGCUGAAAAGCAUCUAGAGUGGGAUGCUCAGCUGCUGCCCUGCCUGAGUCUGCUCUCUGACAAUGAUGUAGCCUUUAAAGCUGGAAGAGACCUAUCAUGGGGCUGCUGAGUUUGCCUUCCAGCCACAAGAUGAGCGUUGUCAUUUCUGUCCAGUGUUAAAGGAAACGGGGUACCCUUUCCACUCAAGUGCCAAUAGCUUUCCUAUAAGAAAGUAAUUCUGAUUCAGCUGCCUUCCUGGGGUGAACUUUUCUAAAACAUGAAGUGGAAAAAAAACUCCAAAGCAUAGAAUGGGUAUGUGGCCAUUAUGCUGGAAUCUAUACAAAUGGUUAACAUAAAUUUUAAGUACGAUGUAAUUUUUGUUAUUUUCUCAUCCCUAAUAAUCUGCAGGACUAACAAAAUCACUUUUAUCUUUCAUUAGAAAUAAGGUGAGUAAAAUUGCUGGAGAUAAAUUACAGGAAAAUGGUAUUUCUAACUAAAACUUGAGAGAAUUGAAAGGAGCCCUAAUUUGCUUCCAACUUGGACAUUUUCAGUAAUUUGGUAGUAUAAGUUAUAUUAGGUGCUUUCCCUUUGCUAGUGCAAAACACUGAACACUUAAAGGUGGAGAGAUGUAGUGGAGCACAGUUGUAAAGCGUUCAGUCCAUAGUCCACUGGCUCCACGCAGGAACAUCAUGGCGAACGCCCUGGUGGAGCAAAGCUAUUCACUUCAUGGUGGCUGAAAAACAGAGCUGAUUGUAAAGCUUGCAGAGAGGAAAGGGCUGGAGCCAGCUGUGGUCCCCUAGGUAAUGCCCUGGUGACCCACCUAAUUACUCCCCUAAGUGUGCUUUGCUAACCUAUAGGAGCUUCUUUAUCUACUAAGUUGGCAGGAUUAAUAAUUAAAAAUUUACCCAUCCAUUCUCCUUCCCAUGCAUCACAACUCAUCUGCAGCUGAGUUAAUUUUACAACUAACUUAGGAGGACCAACUAAGUUUUACAGUAUGCACUCAGCCUUUUAACUCAGUAAAUAUGCUCAUAUGAAGCAAAAUUUUGAGCAAGUUUUAAAAUUCAUAAAGCUUUAAUAAAGCUAAAGUUUUCAUCUUAUACCAGCUCAGGAAUAUACUUCUGAAAUAUUUUUGUGCCCUAUAUUUAAAAAUUAGCAUUGAUAAUAUAUAUUGAGUUUAAAAGGAGGCUUUUGAAAAUCCAGCCAUUAUCACAUAGCUUGGGUUACAAGUUGUUUCUGUUUUUUGUUUUUUCUUUUUUGUUUUGGUGGAACUGGGGAUUGAACUCAGGCCCUUGCACUUGCCAGGCAAGCGCUUACUAUACUGAGCUAUCUCUCCAGGCCCACAAGUUGUUUUUGUUAGGAGAAACUCUCAUCAAUUUAUGGGAGCAUCUCUUGCAAUAAAUAAUAAAAUUGGUAUUUUUCAAAACUGUUGUAUAACAUGACCUUUUAAGAGCUACUAGAAGAAAGAGUGCAGUGUUGGUGAGGAAAUCCUCAGCUGGGAAAUAAUGUUUUAAUGCUGGGUCUUUAAUUCCCAAAUUCUUGCUCAAUGAGUAGAAAAUGUUGGUCUAAUUUCCAACAAAGAGGUGAAAUGACUGGCCCUCCCAGGUUGGCUUCUGUGGGCAGGAAGGAUCCUGAGUUUCUUCAGUGUCACUGUCCAGGACCUCACCUUUAUCUUUUAUAGGCUGACACAUUUAUUUAUUCCUAGGUACUAAGGAAUAUACUCCAGGAGUAUUGGUACAUUUAUUUGUUGUGUGUGUCCCAUGUCACUAAGUGCAAACAAGCUUCACUGUGAAGUGCAUUCUCAUUAUGUAGUAUCCAUGGUACUGACCACGUGCCAUGUAUCAAUCAUGGUCACAAGGAAGUCUGUUUAUUAUAUUAUUAUUAUGAUUAAUGUGUUCUCUUGUAGGUUACUGAAUUCUUUCCUUGUACCUUUAAAUUCUAUACAUUUUUCAUUUUGCAUCACAGAGAACUCCCUCUUCAUCCCUUCCCCACCAUCUACCCCUCUAUGUUGUUAUAAUGAAGAUGUUACAGAUGCAAGCCUUUCUCCACAAUCAGGAAUUUCAUAAUUGUAUGAUACUGAGCACUUUGCUUUUUAAUAAAGCCUUGAUAAAACAGA